CUUUUCUCUCCCUUCUCUUUAUAUUUCUAUACUCCCCUUUUCAAAAAGCAAGCUAGCCUGCUUUUGCUUACUCUCCUUUUCUCUUCUUCUUCUUCUUCUGUUUAAUUUCAUCCGAUAAAAUUAUGAUUCUGUCUCUCUAUAAACUAUCAAUGAGGAUUUCCCAUUUCGUUGCUAGUUCCUGCAUCUGAUCCAAGAUCUCCUAAUAGCCAUUUCUUAUUUUUCCUAAUUUAUAACUUUUUGGCUUUUCUUCUAUGUGUAUUCUCAUGAUCUGGUAGUUUGUUUGGAAUAAUGACAAGGGUAAACCGUGACUUUGGAGGCACAAUGCAGAAAGAUGCUGUCCCAGCUGUAUCAGCUGAUGUUAUAUUUGCUUCAAGUCGUUUUCCUAAUUACAAACUUGGAGCUAACAAUCAAAUUGUGGAUGCAAAGGAUGACCCAAAGGUACUGUCCAUGAAGGAGGUUGUGGCGCGUGAGACUGCAAUGCUUUUGGAGCAGCAGAAACGCCUCUCUGUUCGUGACCUUGCCAGUAAAUUCGAGAAGGGUUUAGCUGCUGCUGCGAAGUUGUCUGAGGAGGCUCGACUCAGAGAGGCAGCUUCGUUGGAGAAACAUGUUCUUUUAAAGAAUCUUAGAGAUGCAUUAGAAUCCUUGCGUGGACGUGUGGUAGGCAGAAACAAGGAUGAUGUAGAAGAAGCUAUUGCAAUGGUGGAAGCUUUAGCAGUUCAGCUGACUCAAAGGGAAGGAGAGUUGGUUCAAGAAAAAGCAGAAGUGAAGAAGCUAGCUAAUUUUCUCAAGCAGGCCUCGGAAGAUGCUAAGAGACUUGUUGAUGAGGAAAGAGCUUUUGCUCGUGCAGAAAUUGAGAGUGCCAGAGCAGCAGUUCAGAGGGUGGAAGAAGCCCUUCAGGAACAUGAACGAAUGUCUCGAGCUUCAGGGAAGCAGGACCUGGAAGAAUUAAUGAAGGAGGUCCAAGAGGCUAGAAGGAUUAAAAUGCUGCAUCAACCAAGCAAGGUCAUGGACAUGGAACAUGAGCUACGAGCAUUGAGGAUUCAACUUGCUGAGAAGUCUAAGCGUUCACUUCUGCUUCAGAGGGAGCUGGCAAGGAGCAAGAGAGGCGAACUGAAUAUAUCCCAGUCUUAUGAAUUAGAAGGUUCUGAAGUUUUAGGUUCAUAUUUGCAGAUCACUCCUUGCUCUGAUGAUGCUCCAGAGCUUUCUAAGUGUUCAAUUCAAUGGUAUCGUGUGUCAUCUGAAGGUGGCAAAAAGGAACUUAUUUCAGGAGCUACUAAAUCCAUUUAUGCCCCAGAACCUAUUGAUGUUGGGCGAGUCUUGCAAGUGGAAAUUAUUGCUGAUGGCCGGCAGGUCAUAUUGACUACUACUGGUGCAAUUGAUCCUGCUGCUGGUCUUGGGAGCUAUGUUGAGGCACUCGUACGGAAACAUGAUGUUGAAUUCAAUGUUGUUGUCACACAAAUGAAUGGUGUAGAUUAUAAAUCAGACUCAAUUCAUGUGCUUCAUGUGGGAAAGAUGAGAAUGAAGCUUCGUAACGGAAAGUCGACAAUUACUAAAGAGUACUACUCCACUUUAAUGCAGCUAUGUGGGGUUAGAGGAGGUGGGAACGCUGCAGCGCAGGCCUUGUAUUGGCAAGCGAGUAAAGGACUUUCUUUUGUUUUAGCAUUUGAAUCAGAGAGGGAUAGAUUCAGAGGGAUAAAUGCAGCCAUUAUGCUUGCAAGGAGGUUUGCCUUUGAUUGCAAUAUCACGCUUGCUGGGCCUGAUGACCGGAAUCCGUUAGGAAGUUAACCAACUCCACAUAUGGUAUUCCAAUUCAGUAACUGUAAUUAUCACAUUGAGUUUCCCCCUGUAUUAUAGGUUUGUAACCGUAGGAGGUUGCAUUGUAUGUUCUGUUAUGGGCUUCCAUCAUUCUUUCUUU